UUUUCUUUUCUUUAGCAUGCUUUUAGUAAAAAAGAAAGUAAUAAUAAAAUAACUUUUUGUUUUUCUUUCUCUCUUUUUUUAACUAUUAUUAUUUCAUAUACAUUCCUUUAUUAUUCUACACCUUCUCUCCUUUCCUUUAUACACAUACAUUUUCAUGGCAUUCAAACGCAAACUUGAUGAUCACAGUACAGAUAUGACGAACAACGACAAAAAACAAAGAAAACUUUGCGUGACAUUCAAUUCAGAGAUUACAUUAUUAGAAACCUAUUCUUCAGAAGAAUAUGAUAGAUCUGGUAUCUUCUCUUCACCCAUACUAUAUAAACUAAACCCAUCAAGGUUGCCUCAAUUAUCGCUUACUAUCUCUCAGUGCCCUGCCCUUACAUCAGAUGAUGAUGAAGCGUCAAGCGCAGAGACAAGCCCAAUACCGUCGCCACCAUUGUGUUUAAAAAAGAACAAGAAAAAACCUUUAUUGUCGAUCGAUACAAGUAUUUGUUCUGACCCUUUGUUCUUUUCUCAAUUAACCACCAACUACAAGACAGACAGCACAGAAAAUGAAUUCUUAGUCCCUCUCUCAAUCGCUUAACUGUAUACCUUUUUGUAUUAUUAUUUUAUUGUUAUUUUUAUUGUGUAAUGUUUCCUCAAUAAAACACUUCAAUAUACCGACAUUUGUUCAAAAAAAG